UCCCUUCUGAUUAAAAAAAAAAAGAUCCUCCUCGGAGCCAAUCAUAAAGUCCCGAAGCCUGAGGACAGAUUCAUUUCGGCCAGCGUCACUGCGCGGAGCUCUUCUUCCCUCCAGGAUGCUCCUCUUUCUCGGCCUGGCCGUCUUCUUCUCUGUGGGUUCGUCCAUGGAGAUGAACCAGACCUCCAAACUGCUGGCGGAGAGCGGAGAGCAGUGCUCGGCCUGCGACUUCCGGGAGCACAGCAAACAGAUGCGGCUCCACAGCAUCAAGUCCCAGAUCCUCAGUAUCCUGCGGCUCGAGCAGGCUCCCAACAUCAGCCGGGACAUGAUCCGCCAGCUGCUCCCCAAAGCGCCUCCUCUGACGCAGCUCCUGGACCAGUACGACCCGCGGGUGGAGGACGAGGACCACGCCACGACGGAGACCAUCAUCACCAUGGCCACGAAGCCUAACCCGAUCGCCCAGGACGAACUGUCCUCCUGUUGUCUGUUCAGCCUCAGUCCGAAGAUCCAACCCAAGAACAUCCUGCGUGCUCAGCUGUGGGUUCACCUGCGCCCGGCGGACAUGGUCACCACCGUCUUCCUGCAGAUCUCCCGCCUCAAACUUGGGAAGGAGGGGAACAACACCCGCGUCCGAGUCCGCUCCCUGAAGAUCGACACGGACGCCGGCGCCGGCUCCUGGCAGAGCAUCGACAUCAAGUCUGUGCUGCAGGCCUGGCUGCGUCAGCCGGAGACCAACUACGGGAUCGAGAUCAACGCCUACAACUCGAAUGGAGAAGAUCUGGCCGUGACAUCAGCAGAGCCUGGAGAGGAAGGACUGCAACCGUUCAUUGAAGUGAAGAUCCUCGACACCCCCAAGAGGUCCCGCAGGGACUCCGGCCUCAACUGUGACGAGGAGUCGGCAGAGACCCGCUGCUGCCGCUACCCGCUCACUGUCGACUUCGAGGAGUUCGGCUGGGACUGGAUCAUCGCGCCCAAACGCUACCGGGCCAACUACUGCUCGGGGGAGUGCGAGUUCAUGCACCUGCAGCAGUACCCGCACGCUCACCUGGUGAACAAAGCCAACCCUCGAGGCACGGCGGGGCCCUGCUGCACGCCGACCAAGAUGUCGCCCAUCAACAUGCUCUACUUCAACCGCAAGGAGCAGAUCAUCUACGGGAAGAUCCCGUCCAUGGUGGUCGACCACUGCGGCUGCUCCUGAGGAACCCCGUGCAUCUGCAGGACAUGGACUCGUUCAUAGAAGCAAAAAAAAUGUGCAAAAUACACAACAUUUUGUUAAAAAUUUAAACCUAGACCAAGAAACAUCCGAUCUACAAAAGACGUGCAAGGAGAAUUCUCAAGGAAAGGACUCCUAGAGGGUUUUAAUUUUCAAACUUUUGCUCUCAUCCAAGUACAAAAAUUAGAUAUCUGACCAAACAUUGCAGAAACAGGAAGUAUUAUUCUGAAGAAAUAGAUCACAUAAUUCUUUAAAAUUCUAUACCUUCAAAUAUAGUCCUUAGACAUUACAGUCAUACCAGAGACAAUUCAGAAAUAAGAUGACUUGUUGACAUCUUAUCUAACUUUCUUAUUCUAACUUUUUAGCCUGCUGUCUUGUGAAAACGUGUCCUGAUUUGAGCCUUGACCAGAACAAACCCUGCAGGGCUUCUUCCAUUAUUUAGAAAAACAUGAACUGAGUGACACUGAGCUGACAGAUCGCCGUCCCCUGUCCCCAAGGCUUGUUUGCAAACUCCUCGCUGUGAUCUGUUCUCAACAGUGACGGAGAGAAAGAUGUCACAAUGUUCUGACUCUGAGACUGCUGCCCUGUGUGUCCCUACAUUUUAAUGAAUGUAUGUAGUGAGUUGAUGACCAGCACCACGAAAAGUGAGCUGGUCGAGAGAGGCUGAGAGACCUGACAAUCUUGCAAAGUGCAAAUCAAAUCUUAAAAGUACCCCUAUGAGUUUUACUUGAAAUGUGAUGCCUGAAGCUUGCAGCAUGUUAACGAUUUUUAGAGGGGAUUUUUGAUAAAAAAUUUCUUCUUCUUCUGUCAUUUUGCAAUUUCUCUUCUUUAUGUUUUGAAGUGUGCAUGCACUUAACAUCUGCAGGAUAAAGACGUACUUAAGGGAAUGUACGGUGGCCCUGAGAGCUCACAGCGCUGCAACUUGAGAAGAUGUUAUAAUGUGAUAUAUAGCGUUAGCCUGCUAGCCCGUAUCAAUCACAUUGCUAAGUAGGUAAACAAAUCUAAUAAAUGAAUGAUACACAUUUUAGUUGGUCUCUCUCAACAGCACAGAGUUGGUCUUGUUGUGGUCUAUUUGAAUUGCAUUUUCCUAUUGUGUUGUGUUGUGGUCUCUGCAGCGUGUUUUCUAAAUGUGAUUGAUGAAGAUGUUUUCUCAAUUUGCUUGUGUCUUGUUUAUUUGCAUUUGUUUUCUUAAGUUGCAGUGCUGUGAGCUCUCAAUGCCACCAUAGGAAUGCCUUAAAAUAACCAUUUGUAUAUCAACUUCUCACCAUGUCUGAAGAAAACUUGGCCAAUAAUGUAGUAAAUCCUUUGCAAAUUGAAGUAAAUGGAGGCCAACAGCAAAACUAUAUCAAAACACCUGUUUCACUGGUGCCAAGAUGGUGACAGCCGUUAUUUCAGCUCUUUAGAAGCCCGUGGGUGUCGUCAAGGACGCUACAUCCAUAUUGUACACAGUUGUGGCGAGUCUCUGAUGAUGAAGUCUGAGACGAUUAUCUUAAAUGUUUCAAAUAUUGCAUGUCUUUAGCAAGUUGUGGGCAAACAAUUGGAUAAAUUAAACUUGCAUUAUACUGCAUGUCUUGUGUAAGAGUUUGUAAACCCAUGUUUUAAGAUUAAGUUUUGCUGUUAAACUCGACCUCCAUUUACUUCAAUUCAUUUUCAUUAUUUUACAACUUUUUUGGCAUUUUUUCAGAUUCCCCAGUCACCAUGGAGUUAUGCAAGAAAUACAAAUUUUGCUUCUGUUUACUGAGGUCGUAAAGCAAGUGAGUAGCGACUUUUUUUUUGCAGCUAGUGUGAUCGCCCUCUGCUGGCCACUAGAAAGAAUGCAGGUUUUAAUUCAUUUCUUCAUUGGCUUAAUUUAUCGGGGCCAAAGGUCAUAACGAGCUCUGCGUCCUGGUUCAUGAUCACAAAGGAUUUAAAAUGAAUAAUAGUCUGCUAUAAGUAAAACAGUGAAUGGAACAGCCUGAAACAGAAAAAUUCCAAUUAUGACCCAGUGGGACCCGACAUAAGAGAGGAAAAAUACUUAAAAAAUGUUAUGCUCUUAGGAAGAAUUAUUGCACUGAUUAAAACCAGACCUCUCAACUCAAACUGUGUUCUUCUUCUGGAUCGUUUCGGAUCUAAAAUCUAAAAUUCAUCACUGACUGGUAAAAUAGUGUAAAAAAACCCCAGCCAGUUCCAAUGUGAGGGCAGGAACUGUGAUCACAGAGGGAGGUUUGAUCUCGAUGCAGAUGUGCUGACUGUUGUUGUGCUUCACAGGGUUUCUGACCCAAAAGUCUUUGUUCUGCUGCUGGAACAGAACGUCCACGAGUUCCAUCCAUGUUAUUUGGUGCACUUUGGAUUGUUUUUCUGCAAGAAAGGGGCAGAUUAUUGAGCUGUUUUAUUCCAGUUUCUUAUUUCUAUAAGCAUGACAGUUUCCUUUAGGUAAGGCAAAUUAAUCCACAAAAAACAUAGAUUUUCAUUUUUUUAAAAGGAGCACUAUUAAACAUCACAAGAUUUUAUAUUUCAAUAAAAGUGACAAAAUGACAUGUUAAGGUGGAUAUUUUUUUAUAUGUCCUGGCUUAAAAUUGUUACCUGAGCAAACUGUGUUAUUAAAAGAAGCAGAUUUGGAUGGAUUUUUGUUCUGUGACAGCUGAAGGAGAAAGUUUGCCAUUUGUCUCUUGUUUAUUGAGGAUGAAUUUUGAAAAUGCUGCUGUCUUUGAUGUGUGAUGUGUAAACAAACUUUGAUGACAUAGAUAAGUUAAAACUGGUCGACUCUGGCUGAUGUGAGGGCGUGUUAAGCCAUUUUCAAACCAUAACAUGCAGAUUUUUAUACAUUUUGUAAGAAAAGGCAAUAUUAACACAAGCACUGAUGUGUUUCAUGACAAGACAGUGUAGCUUACAGUUAAAACAAACACAUUAAGAUGUGCAAUAAUCCUUUAAACACACUGACAAUCGCUUGAAAAUGUCAUGUUCAAAGGUAAAUUGUUCACACUCUUUGAUGCAUUUUUGUUUCUUUAAAAGCAUGAGUGGUUAGAGAGUAAUACUUGCAUUUAACUGCAUUAACAUGUGACUUUAAUGCCACAUUAUGACUAAUAAACACCAUACCGUAAGUGUAACGUUGUUCACUGUGAUCGCACACUUAUUUCAAGGAUGUUUCAAGUUUCUGCAAGCUGAAUUUUUUGCAAAAUAUUGCUGAAAGAGACUGAAGCAGUGAUUGCAUGCAUUGGAAAAUGGCCAUAGGAAAUGUUAAGUAUGUGCUUAUAAAGUAUUGGUGGUUUUUAACACAAGAGGGUCCUUUAAAUAUGUUUUUUCUCUCUCUCAAAUGUUCUGCCGUCAGUGUUUUUGCUUCACACGGGAGAUGUAAACUGUCACACGCACAACAUUUCUGGGUAAUAUCUCCUUCAUGAUGUUAAAAAAAAAGUUAUUUAUUUCUGCCACCAGGUGGUGCCAAAUGUUUCCAAGCAAAAGUAGAAAGAAUAUGACCCUUAUUUUUUGUGCCUUUCCUGCUUUUUGCGUGCAGUGUGCUCUAGAUAUCUGCAAGACAUGUUGCAGCCUUGCAACCUGGUGGUUUGUGCACUCUGUAAAUGAAUAAUCAACUAUAAAUGUCUAAAUUUGUACAAAUACUUUGAAGUGUUGAGGUAUGUGAGGAAAGGGCCAGGUUGGUUGAAUUAUCACUCAUAUAUAUGCAUGAAUAACAGCAUUGUCACAUUUGUUUAAUCAUGUUUUGAUAUGCAAAAAUAACAGCCCUGGACACAUUUUUAAUUUGUUCAGAAUUUUUCUGUAUAGUUGAUUAACAUUUCUGUUAUUUUCUUGUACUACUGAACAAAAUGUCCAGAUUUUCUCUACCAUGUUUAAGAACAAAACUAUAUGUUAGACAUAGAAGUGCUAAAUUUGGACGCAGAAUUAAGUGUUAUUAUUUUCUAGCUUGUUAAUCACUUUGCAACAACCAUAGAUCUAUCAUGUUAAGCAUUAAAUAUGUCCCAAUGCAAGGCUGGGAAUCAUUAUGCAUAUAUGAUAUGAUAUUAUUGUUGUUAUGGGGUUAAGUUUGACACACGUACAAAAAGUGUUAAUAUCUUCUUCUUUUU